CACCUCUUCAGUGAUCAGUCUCCUGCUCCUCUAUAUCCCUUCGCUCAUCUGUUCCAAGUUCGAGAAUCCAUCAUUACUACUACUGCCACUUAUCGCACGUCGACAGCUUCGCAGCACCUGCCUCCUCCCUCUACACACACGCCUGGUCGCUCUCUCCCCACGCAGACACCUUCGUUCACCAUGUCCAUCUCCGGUCUCGCCAACAUUGCCAUGCCCAACAUUCCCUUGCCCAGCCAGCCCAUCUCGGCCGCUACCACCAGGAUCCUGGCUCUCACCAACUUUAGUCCUCAGAUCAAGACCAAAGAUCUUCAUCAGGCUUUCCAGCCUUGGGCAGAGGACAAGGGAGGAUACAAGAUCAAAUGGAUCGACGAUGUGACCGCGCUCGCCGUCUUCAACGAUGCUACUACCGCCAAGCGCGCCUACCUCUCCCUCAUCUUGAAUCCCCCUGCCAAUCUACCUUACCCAGCCGUCAUCCGACCCUAUGACGGACCCGACAGUUCUGCCAUCAUUCACUCGGUCAACGCCCGUACCCACGGUCACGGUGGCAACCGUGGCAGCUUCAGCCAAGCUGGAGGUGCCGCUCAAGCUCGAGCCAGUUUCAGUCAACCCGCCGGUCAACCCCCCAUGCUGCCGUUCGGUAACCCGAGCUCGAGCUCCGUACAACAACCAUUCGGCGUCGUGGGUAACGGUCACAAGCACGGGCGAUCCGCCAGCCUGUCGUCGACCAGCGGGAACCACGAACGACCCAACUUUGGUAGCAUCGGAGGCAACGCUGCAGGUUCGUCUGCCUUUGGCAAGCUCGGAGCGGGAGGUGCCUUUUCUGGCUUUGGUACGACAUCUGGGAGUUCCGGCUCGCUCUCGAACCACGUACGAAACUCGUCGAGCGUCAGCAGUUCAAACAUCGGAGGAUCUUGGGGGAGACAGACGGCCGCCAGCAACUCGGUAGCCAGUGGCUUCAACCCUAGCAGACUCGCAACCCAUCACGAGCAAGAUAGCCCCCAGACCACUCCCGUCAAGCCCAACCAUCAGGCGAACGCUUCGACCGCCAACUCGGCCGCUGGCCUUUCCAACGACGGACCCCACCCUCUCCUUCAUCUCCCUCAAGGCAACUCGCAUGCAGACCUUUCGUCCCCCGGGAUCGACAUUUUGGGUGCCGUCGGCCCCGAGGGUGGUCCAGGAGGAAGUGCCGGAAUCGUGCAGUGAUGAAAACCCUUCUAUCAAAGUCCAAAGCCCACUCGACUUGCCUUGAGCCCAUGUAUCACUUUUCACAUCUAUCUGUAAUGAUUAUUAUACGCAAC